UCGUAAGUCCAUUUAAUUAUAGCGUCGUUCGUGGCGAGUCGGCAAAGAAGCAAGGCUCGGCUAGCGACUUCGCCGGAGCCGCAAAAUAGUUGUCAAAAUGGCGGGCGAAGGUUCUGCAAGUGUGAAUCCAAAUUGCGAGGUCGUUCGCGGACAAACAUUCGAGGUCGGCCCGCGUUAUACGAAUUUGUCGUAUAUGGGUGAGGGUGCCUACGGGAUGGUCGUAUCUGCUUAUGAUAAUGUAACAAAAACAAAGGUAGCUAUUAAAAAAAUUUCACCCUUUGAACAUCAGACUUACAGUCAAAGAACUUUAAGGGAAAUAAAAAUACUGACCAGGUUUAAGCAUGAAAAUAUAAUAGAUAUAAGAGAUAUAUUAAGGGCACCUACUAUAGAACAAAUGAAAGAUGUAUAUAUUGUUCAAUGUCUGAUGGAAACCGAUCUCUAUAAACUCCUUAAAACGCAGGCUAUUAGUAACGAUCAUAUAUGCUAUUUUCUUUACCAAAUACUACGAGGAUUAAAGUAUAUUCAUUCGGCGAACGUAUUGCACAGAGACUUGAAACCAAGCAACUUGCUCUUGAAUACCACAUGUGACCUUAAAAUCUGUGAUUUUGGUUUAGCCAGAGUUGCCGAUCCAGAGCAUAAUCAUGCUGGCUUCCUCACCGAAUACGUAGCGACGAGAUGGUACAGAGCGCCGGAAAUAAUGCUUAAUUCGAAAGGCUAUACUAAGUCUAUAGACAUCUGGUCAGUAGGUUGCAUUCUUGCAGAAAUGCUUUCAAGACGAGCAAUAUUUCCUGGCAAACAUUACUUAGACCAACUGAACCAUAUAUUGGGUGUCCUUGGAUCACCUUCUCCCGAGGAUCUCGAGUGUAUUAUAAACGAAAAAGCACGAAAUUAUCUUCAAUCAUUACCAUACAAACCAAAGGUUCCAUGGACGAGUCUCUUUCCAAACGCUGAUCCACGAGCUUUGGAUCUCUUAGAUAAAAUGUUGACGUUUAAUCCAAACAAGCGAAUCGUCGUAGAAGAUGCACUUGCGCAUCCUUAUUUAGAACAAUAUUACGAUCCCGCUGAUGAACCUGUCGCGGAAGAGCCAUUUAAGUUUGACAUGGAGUUGGACGAUCUUCCGAAAGAAGUUUUAAAACAAUAUAUCUUUGAAGAGACUUUGCUAUUCCAGAAGAACAAUCAGGAAAACGCUAUGUAGUCUACUGCUGUCACGAGUGUGCAGGACAACCAAGAAGGAGGGGGACGCGUGUCGUCAGAGUAACGGAACUGUACUUCCUUUAAAGUUGUCUACUGAUCGAAAUAAGAAUCGAAAAACUUUACGAAGAUAUUGGAUCGAGAAUUGUCGGUUCAACGAUUAACAGGCGGAAGGGAGCGGUGAACGAGGUAAAAAAAAAAAAAGAAAAACCAAACAACCGCAGUGUCCGUGCAUACACACUUGUACAUUCGCAUGUCUCUACCGAAAAACAAAAUACAGUGUUUUUUUGUUACAUUGAAUGCAUAAUAAUAUUAAUUUGUACAAUAACUUUUAUUUAUCCCGAAUUAUAUAGGUAACGCUAGUUGACGAUUAUAUUGUUAAUCACCGUCAUACAUUGUCUGUGAUUUAAUUGCCGAGUGAGUGGACGCAGUCGGUGUUCAUGUACGAGAUAAUUCUGAGCCACGUAGCACGGCGACCGAUGAUAAAGUGAAUGCGCACGACGAAAGAACUCGUGGAGAAGUAUGCUUGUUUCUAAACCGAGUAUACAGUGCCUGUGUCAGGGAUGGCCAGAACGUAUUUCGAAAAGUAUUCGAACGGUGAAUAUCUGAAUUUGUAUUCUGUUCGUAGUCGAAUGCUUAAAAGUAUUUGCACGUUGUAUUCGGUAGCUGUAUAACUAUGGAAUACUUUUAUUCUGUAUCGUUGUCGAAUGGCAGAAUACACGUAUUUAAUAUUCGAUAAAGUACAUGCGGAUGUCGAUAUAUUUGAUUACAACAGAACGCAAUCUCGGGUUGUUCCUCGCUUAUCUAAGUACAGAAUAUAUAUGUAUAUUCAGUAUUUUAGGCGUAUCUCGGAGAUAGGGCAAGAUUUUCAUCUAGAUACAAAUUUCGAAUAACGAAUAAACGAUAAAUAACUUUUUGUUCAUUACUGAUUGAAUCAAAAUUAAAACUUAAAUUAUAGAAUGAAAUUAUUUUUCAUAAUGAACAAAUAAAAGUUUAUUAGAUCGUAUAAAAAUUACGAAUAUAUUGCUAUACGGUAUUUCUGUUCAUCUGUUAUUCGAACAAAAUUUUGCCCGUCUCGGAUGUACUUCAGUUGCGGAAUCAUUCGAAUAUGGCUAUCCCUGGUACUGCGAAACAACAGCCAUUAAAGAAGUCACCGAAGUAUUUGCAGAUAGUUUCCUUGUGUUAUGUAACUCAGUGUCAUCAUUCUUAUUAUGGUAGCGCGUACCUUGCAGAAAUUCUUUUCUGCCUUUUAUCGGACUUAGCUUGUAGAGGAGAGGAAAUGGAAGGAGGAGAGAGAGAGAAUGCGAGCGCGUACGCGUGAGAUGGAGCGAGUGAGAGGCGCAAAAGAAGAAAAAAAAACGUUUAUUCAUAGUUAACUGCAUUCGAUGCAGCUUCCAGUUCUUCUGAACCAUUUAAUUGCGUCUUGUUUCACAAUCUACUGGUAUUAUUACACUGAUACUGCCAUUCUUGUGCGAAGCGCAUGGUGUUUGUUUGAAUGUAUCCGUGUAUUUUCUAUACUUUUACAUUUCCGAUCUUUUUACACGCUAGAAUACGUAUCACUUUCUGUUUCUAUUUUAUUAACGAUUUUGUGGAACUCCUAUAUAUCGUUGUUCGAGCAAUUAGUAAUAUCGUAGUGUAUUCCUUUUCUACGUUUGUUUAAAACCAGCAUCAUUUUAGAGCCAUAUUUGUCUCUAGUGGAAUGCGGUUUUCUAUGAUUCAAACACUCACCAUGUGAGAUAGAUGUAUGUAAACGUUCUUGUUCCGAUUCAUGUUUUUUCGCUCUAAGUGUACGUGUAUAUUCGAACAAUUCUUGUUUAAUGUUCGAUAUGCUCCUAAAUUAAUUGCGGCAUCGCGGAGAGAAAUGCGACGAAGGGAGAAAGACAAAUUACACUUUAUGUAGAAGAACGUGUCGUCGACAGUGAAAAGACAACCGUGUCCGAUUGUGAUAACGAAUAUACGAAUUUCGGGUGAUAUCGAGGCACAAGUGAGUCGUGAAAUUGUAUCUAAACGAGCGAUUAAUUGAAUUUCCAUUUGCCUUGAAUAGAGUAUCUAAAUACUACGCAAAACUAAUCGAAAAGAAUAAAAAAAAUUUUUUAAGGAUGCAUUCUAGUUCGAAGCGUUAAAAGUUACGAAAUAUUUAAGAACCUUUCCAAAGGAAACAAAUUAAUAUUAAAUUUCGUUGGCACAUUUAUAUACAGUUCGAGUAGCUCUAUAAAUUCUUUCAUGUCCAUCCGCAUAAUUUUGUAAGAGGUAGACGAAACUAUCCGAAACUAUUGGUUGCACUGCUUAUGUUUUGAAGUAGAAUUUCACUUUUCACCUAGAACUAAAUUUAGAGUAUACUUUUAACUUCGUCGAACCAGUAUGCCUCCUUAUGACCGACAAGAUUAUAGUGUAGUUUUCAUCACGAAAUCUUCAAAUAUUAAUGACAAUCGGAUGACGAGGACACGCUUGGAACGAAAAAUGAAAGAAAUGUUAUUCUUGUCUCCGAAAUCAAAGUUCUCGAUGUAUCGUGCGAGGUAAAUGAUUGUAGAUUGAUAAAAGGUCAGAACAGAAGUAGGAUGUUGUUAAUAAUAAGAGCAGGGAGAGAAAGAGAAUGGAAGCGAGAAUGAUGCAAAGCGAAAGAGUAACAGGAGUGCAAAAAAAGAAAAAUACGAAAGAUACAGUGUUAAAACACUUUUGCCUCCCUCAACUAUCAGAUCUCACGUUCUUCGAUGCAUCCAAUAAAAUGUUCUUGAUAACACGUC